CACCUAUUUAAACCGACUACUACUACUCAAUGAUUUCCUAAACGUUAUCUCAUACUCUAAAUACCAAAACUCAAUUAUAAACAUUUUCUAAUCUUGUAAAGGACAUGGAGAUUCACAAGAAUUCAGGAAUGGAAACUAAAAAAGAGAAGAUAGAGUAUAGGGGUGUGAAGGCCAUGCCUUUUAUUAUAGGAAAUGAGACAUUUGAAAAGCUAGGAACAAUAGGAACACAACAGAAUCUAUUGGUUUAUCUAACGACAGUGUUCAACAUGAAAAGCAUGACAGCUACAAAUGUUGUUAACAUCUUUAAUGGAUCAGCCAAUUUAGCAACCCUUCUUGGUGCUUUUCUAUGUGACACUUAUUUUGGACGUUACAAAACCUUGGGCUUUGCUAGUGUUGCCUCUUUUGUGGGAUUGUUAAUCCUCACACUGACAGCAGUAAUACCAGGAUUGCACCCACCAAACUGUGAAGCUGCAGGAAACACUGCAGAAAAUUGCAUAGGACCCACAACAGGGCAACUUACAUUUCUACUGGGAGGAUUAGUAUUUCUAAUCAUAGGAGCAGGGGGUAUUAGGCCAUGUAAUUUAGCAUUUGGAGCAGAUCAAUUUGACCCAGAAACCAAAUCGGGUAAACGAGGGAUCAACAGCUUCUUCAAUUGGUAUUACUUCACAUUUACAUUCGCAGUGAUGAUAUCAGUGACUGUAGUUGUAUACAUACAGACUGAUGUGAGUUGGGGAAUAGGCCUUGCAAUACCUGCAUUUUUCAUGUUUCUAUCAAGUGUUUUGUUCUUCUCAGGGACUAAGAUUUAUGUUAUUGUUAAGCCCCAAGGUAGUCCCUUAGCUAGUGUGUUGCAGGUUUUAGUCACUGCUGUUAAGAAAAGGCGGUUAGAGUUUCCGGAAAAGCCUUCAGUUUCCUUGUUUGAUUAUGUUCCUGAUGGGUCUAUCAACUCUAUGCUUUCUCAUACUCAUCAAUUCAGAUGUCUUGACAAAGCAGCAAUCAUAACCAGUGAAGACAAAACCAACCCAGAUGGAUCAUCAACAAACCCAUGGAAACUAUGCUCCAUUCAACAAGUAGAACAAGUAAAAUGUGUGAUCAGAGUAUUACCUAUCUGGGUUUCAGGCAUCAUAUACUAUGUUUCCAUAGUUAACAUAAACAACUACACUGUUUUCCAAGCCUUACAAUCCAACCGAAGCCUAGGAGUAAACCAUUUCCAAGUCCCAGCCGCAUCCUAUGCCAUAUUCCCAAUGUUAGCCAUGACAAUUUGGAUUCCUAUCUAUGACAGAAUCAUAGUCCCAAAACUCAGGAAAAUAACAGGAACAGAAAAUGGGAUUACUGUCCUACAAAAAAUAGGUAUAGGCUUGGUUCUCAUUGUGAUCUCACUUAUACUAUCUGGGUUUGUUGAAAACAGAAGAAGAGUUCAGGCAUUAAGUAAGCCUAAUUUAGGGAUUGAUCCCAAAAGGGGAGUCAUCUCUUCACUGUCCGCGAUGUGGUUGGUUCUGCCUUUGUCGGUAUCAGGGUUAUCGGAAGCUUUUGCUAUGAUCGGUUUGGUCGAGUUUUACUAUAAGCAAUUCCCUGAGAAUAUGCGAAGCAUUGGGGGCGCGUUCUUGUUUUGUGGGCUUGCAUUGUCAAGUUAUUUGAGCAGCUUCCUACAGACAAUUGUUGGGAAGAUGAGUACAGGAUCAAGGAAAGGAAGUUGGUUGAAAGAUGAUUUGAAUAAGGGAAGACUUGACUACUUUUAUUAUCUGAUUGGUGCUGUGCAAUUGGUUAAUUUUUUGUAUUUUGUGGUGUGUGCAAAGUGGUAUAGGUAUAGAGAAACUGUUAGGGUUUCUUCAGAAGGAAGUGAUCAAGAGAAGAAAUCUGAUAUAGCUCUAGUUUGAUGAUCAUAUUUAUAGCUUGUAAACAUUCAAAAGAAAAGGAAUAUACAAAAAGUUUAGUUCUCAAUUA